AUGUGGGAUCAUGGUGACUUAGAGCACCCGAGAGAGCAUACAUGGCGGUACCCCCUCCCCGGCGCGUUCGUCUCCAGCCGCAGGACGCCAACCAAAGGGACGAUCACAGGGAUCAGGUGCGGACCAGUCACCCCUGCUGAUGUGUGGGAACCUGAUGAGCCAGCUGAGACCUCCCCGGCUACCUCGAUCGAGGCACGGGAACCUGUUCACCCACCUGAGGCAUGGGAGCCUAUGGAGCCCGCUGAGGCAUGGGAGCCUAUCGAGCCCGCUGAGGCAUGGGAGCCUAUCGAGCCCGCUGAGGCUUGGGAGCCUAUCGAGCCCACUGAGGCAUGGGAGCCUAUUGAGCCCGCUGAGGUAUGGGAGCCUAUCGAACCCGAUGAGGCAUGGCAGCCUGUCGAACCAGCUGAGGCAUGGGAGUCUAUCAAUCCUGCUGGAGUAUGGAAACCCGUAAAUCCAUCUAAGGCAGGGGAACCCGUCGACCCCGCUGAUGCAUGGGAAUCCGACAAAGCAGCUGAGGCCUCCCCGAUAGCUCUGGUUCUGACACCCAGACCCGACAUCACCUCCAACACGAAAACAAAACAAAACUCCCUGAUGCUUCCCUUUGGUGGGGCGUCAUUCUGUAACAAUGUGCACAGAGAUUCGGGAAGCAAAAGGAACACCUACAGUAUGUGA